AUGAACCAGGUGGUGCCGGCUGCAUCGGUGAGGUCAGACAAGGGUAAGCCAGCAUGUGGCGUGUUCUCCGCACUUCAGCGCUUAUCCAUGGAGACCAGACCCACCUUUAGCUCAGCCUCGCCACCGCAUCCAGAUGGCAUUUUUUCUAGUUCACCUCUCGGGAACCCGCGACAGAGUUGGAUGGCGGGAAAGGCGGACGGGACAGGCAGGACAGAGCCAAAGUCAAUGGCUGUUUCCGGCCGCGCCAAUGGAAUGUGCGUGAAACCCUCGGACACCUCAGCGGCGAUGGCAUGGGCGAGGGAUGCUAGUGAGCCUUGUUGGGGAGCCUCGCAGGUCGGCCUCUGGCCACAGCCCGGCUGGCUGUCCAGUGUGCGGUUCUGGAACUUUGGAGAAACGACGGGCAAGAACAAAGGGUCUUCAGGGCCUCGAAGCUGCAGCGGCCAAUCAGAGGGGCCGCAGGGCGGCGGGCUGCAGGGGGUGCUUGUCUGGGCUGGUUGCCGGGCACGCACAGCACGGGCCAGGGCCCAACCCAGGGCGGGCGCCGCAGCGAAUCAGCGGGCGCGGGUGGCCCCAGCGCUAGCGUCCCCACCCCGGCAACGCCUGUGUGAGCUUGCGACUGCCUGA